GGAAAGCUUUGGCGAGAGAACGAAAAUGAGACGGCGACCAGGAAUCGGCGGCCUACAGACGGCUGCCAAUGCUAGGUCAUGUCCAUGUUUCGAAUUUUCUUUCUCCCCAAUUGGGAACAUGCGAAGGAUCAAUAUCGGCUCCUGGGUGAAAAUGUGGCCAAGCUAAGAACCGACCUUAUGAAAGAGCAGCUCGCCACUUUCCGCUCUCAGCUGGAAGAUUUUGCCCGCAAACACAAGAAUGACAUUCGCAAGAACCCAACAUUCCGGGCACAAUUCCAUGAGAUGUGUGCUAAAGUAGGAGUGGAUCCGUUGGCCUCAAAUAAGGGAUUCUGGGCAGAGCUGCUGGGAAUUGGUGACUUCUAUUAUGAACUUGGGGUACAAAUUGUUGAGAUAUGUUUAAACACGAGAUCUCAUAAUGGAGGUCUGAUAAACCUGCCUGAGCUCUGCAAUCUACUUCGCCAGAGGAGGAAAGGUGAUCGCGGAGCUGUGACUGAGGAUGACUGCUUGCGUGCUAUAAGUAAACUUAAGGUAAUGGGGAGUGGUUUCGAGGUUAUAUCUGUUGGCAAGAAGAAGUUGUUCGGUCUGUGCCAACGGAACUGAACAAAGACCACAAUGAAAUUUUGGAAUUGGCUCAGGCGCAAGGCUUUGUAACUGUUGAUGAGGUGGAAAGGCGCCUAUCAUGGACAACUGGUCGAGCCAUUGACGCCUUGGAUACACUCUUAGAGGAAGGGCUUGCCAUGAUCGACGACGGCCACAGGGAUCGCAAGCGAAGAUACUGGUUCCCCUGUGUCUCCUCCAUCUCCUCUGCAGUUGGGGACUGAUAUUUGAAGUGGUAUCUUCCCUGGUCAAUUUCAGUUUUGUUUCAUGUUUCCAGUCCAUGCUUGGAUGCAAAAUGAUGUUGAUGUUGUACAAACAAUUUCAACUUUGCUUAUCUUAAAGCAAAUGAAUACAGGAUGCAGAAGAAUGUAUGGACUGUGGUAAUAUAGUAGAGCUAUGCAACUACCAAAACAUUUCAUUCAUUUUUUCCUAGUGCAACAUUUGAUUGUCU